AUGAACAAUAUUAACGUUUUGAUUUCCGCUGUGCAGCCCGAAGUCGUGCAGUGGCGUCGCCACAUUCACGAGAACCCCUAUCUGGCCUACGAGGAGCAGCCGACCGCAGACUACGUGGCGAGCGUCCUCACGGCAAUGCCGGCACCCCUUGAGAUACGGCGACUGACGCCGAACAGUGUUAUCGCUGACCUCCGCGGAGGAGCCGGAGAGGGACCCAUUUACGCACUGCGUGCUGACAUGGAUGCGCUUCCAUUGCAGGAAGAGAGUGGCGAGCCUUUUAGCUCGAAGCGGCCUGGCGUGAUGCAUGCCUGCGGUCACGAUGCACACACAGCUAUGCUGCUUGGAGCCGUGAAGGUUCUGUGCCAAGUGAAGGACAAGAUUCGUGGCACAGUUCGGUUUAUCUUCCAGCACGCGGAGGAGGUGAUUCCGAGUGGUGCAAAGCAGCUUGUACAACUUGGUGUGCUUGAGGGCGUUAAAAUGAUUUUUGGAUUACAUGUCUCAGCAGCCACACCAGCUGGCAAAAUAUCUACUCGUUCUGGUACACUUUACGGGGCCUGUAAUGACUUUGACAUCGUGAUCAAGGGUGCUGGUGGGCAUGCAUCCCAGCCGGAGCUGUGUACCGACCCCAUCGUGAUUGCCGCCGAAGUGGUCAUGGGCCUGCAGACAAUUGUGUCGCGUCGCAUCGGGGCACUGACGGCUCCAGUUCUCAGCGUGACGACAUUUCACGGUGGAACGGGAAGCUACAACGUGAUACCCGACACGGCGCACCUUCGGGGUACGCUGCGUUGCCUGGACCGUGAUGUACAGGCACUUGUUCCUGGUUUGAUGGAAGAGAUUGUUGCCGGGAUUGCGAAGGCGCAUGGAGCUCAGCAUGAGAUCAGUUGGCUGGAGCCCAACAUUGUAACGUACAACGACCACGCGGCAUUUCUGAUUGCGAAGGAUGUUAUAUCAGAAUUUGUUGGAGCGGACGCGUUUCUUGAGAAGGAGCAACCUUUGUUUGGCGUUGAAGAUUUUUCCGAGUACGUUGCCAAGACACCGGGUUGUUUUUGCCUUUUGGGAAUCCGCGACGAGGCUUCUUGCUCGGUUUACACGGAACACAGUUCUAAGUUCAAGGUGUACGAAAAAGCUCUUGAACAUGGCGUGCAAAUGCAUGUGGGUUUCAUUGUGAAGCUUUUGAUGCGGAGUACUUAG